AUGGCUCCCCACGCUGACUCCCAAUCAACCACCAACGGUGUUGCCGGUAGCACACUCAAAGCCACCGCCCCCACCUUCUCCCCCGUCACCACCAUCCCCGAAUCCAAAUACCAUUCCACCUCAACCGAAUCCGCCAUCCACGACGAACACGAAUACGCCGCCCACAACUACCAUCCCCUCCCCAUAGUAUUCGCGCGAGCAUCCGGAUCCAACGUCUGGGAUCCAGAAGGAAACCAAUACAUCGAUUUCCUCUCUGCCUAUUCAGCCGUCAAUCAAGGACAUUGCCACCCAGAACUCAUCGCUGCUCUUUGCGCACAAGCUCAACGUCUUACUCUCUCCAGUCGAGCAUUCCAUAAUGAUGUAUUCCCCAAAUGGGCAGAGAAGAUCAAGAAUGUUUUUGGAUAUGAGAUGGUUUUGCCGAUGAAUACUGGUGCCGAGGCGGUUGAGACGGCGAUUAAGAUUGCGAGGAAGUGGGCUUAUAAGGUUAAGGGCGUCGAACAGGAUAAGGCGUUGAUCUUUGCUGCUGCUGAGAACUUUCAUGGAAGAACUAUGACCGCAAUUUCCAUGUCAGUUGAUCCUGAAUCCCGCGACAACUAUGGUCCAUAUGUUCCAGGAGUAGGUGCUCAAUGCCCAACUACAAAGAGACAAAUUAGAUUCAACAAUGUUUCCGAUCUCGAAGUUGUCCUUGAAGCUCAUGGAAAGAAUACCGCUGCCUUUAUUGUCGAGCCAAUUCAAGGUGAAGCUGGUGUUGUCGUACCAGAUGAUGAUUACCUUUCAAAGGUUCAUGCUCUUUGCAAGAAACACAAUGUCCUUUUAAUCUGUGAUGAGAUUCAAACUGGUAUUGGUAGAACUGGACGUAUGCUUUGCUCAGAAUGGUCUGGUAUUAAACCUGAUAUGGUUACACUCGGAAAGGCCAUUUCUGGUGGAAUGUACCCAGUUUCUUGCGUUCUUGGUUCUAAGGAAAUUAUGCUUACCAUUGAACCUGGUACUCAUGGUUCUACUUAUGGAGGCAAUCCAUUGGGUUGUGCAGUUUCUAUCCGUGCUUUGGAAAUCAUGGAAGAAGAGAAGUUGACUGAAAGAGCUGAGAAGCUUGGACAUGUCCUCAGAAAAGGAUUGGAAGAUUUGAAGAGUCCUAUGAUUAAGUUGGUUAGAGGAAAGGGAUUGUUGAAUGCUAUCGUCAUUGAUGAAUCAAAGACUGGUGGUCAUAGUGCUUGGGAUUUGUGUAUGUUGUUGAAGAGCAAAGGAUUACUUGCCAAACCAACUCACGAGAAUAUCAUUCGUCUUGCACCACCACUCGUCAUCAGCGAAGAGGAUAUUCAAAAAUCCCUUUCCAUCAUCAAGGAAGCUAUCAUCGAAUUGCCAAACCUCAAGGGUGAGAAAGAAGAUGCUGUUAUCCCAGCAAACGAGAAGAACGUUCAUAUUCCAUUGGAAAACUAA